ACGACCAAUAGCUUGAUCGUCCUUCUUCAGUCUCCCUCUCCCCUCCCUCGUUUUCGCCUCGACCUGACCCUGAUCGACCCGGUCCAUGGCGCUGGCCUUCCUCCGGCCAGGCGUCCCUGGCAGGCAGCCGGUCGGCGACCGCAGCACGGCGAGGUCGGCCAUCUUCAUCGGCGUCGCCAACGGUCUCCUCUCGCCGCCCCACCUGCGGCGCUGCCUCUGCGGCGACCGCCCGUGCGACGGCGACGGCUACGAUGACGUGGAGCAGAAGUACUACCUGCUUGCCAACUUCGUGGUCACCGUGCUCGGCGUGGCGCUCCUGGUCGUGGGCAUGGCGCCCUCGCUGGCGGUGGCCCGCUCGCCGCGGUGGCCGCCGGCUGUCCGCUGGAUGGUCUGGCUCACCAAGGUCCUGGCCUGCGGCGCGCUCCAGUUUGGCGUCAACGUCCUGUACUUUUGUCUCAAGAUGUUGUGCGCUAGGUUGAUGCUCGUCUUCGCCUGACUUCGCCAUUGUUAAUUUCGACCAGCAAGGGACCUCUCGUCAUUUUAUAUUUCCUCACAAUAACCUAGUUUAUUUCAAUCUUUUUUUUCACACAGUAACCUUAUUAGCUCGUUUCAAUAUUUUUCCGUCUAAUCUUUUUUUUUUUGCGAGUAUCGAUCCCUAUAUACACUUGUAUACUCUUAAUUCUUUUUUCUCCUAACUCAAGUCAGGCGUUUAAACUCACAAUGGUGUAGUGCAGUGUACAAUCGUUUUGAUUGUUUGUUUCAGGAACAAUAUUAAUGGCUUUCUUUCUAAAAUGUUUGUCAGCCGUUCCUAUUCAUAAUGUGAGUUCACAGUACUGUUUGAUCAGAUA